AUUAUCAACAUUGAAUUAAUUUUCUUUUAUUCAGUGUGACUAUGUAUCUUAUGAUAUUUAUAUUUAUUGCUGUAAUACUGUUUCAAUUUUUACCUAAAUAUUCCCAGAAAAUAUCAGUUUUAAUAAGUAAAAUUGUCUACAAAGUUACAGAUGGUGAAAUAAAUAUCCGCUCCGAAAUCAAGGACCUUAAGGUAGAACAAGAUACAAUAAGUAUGACAGAGGAAUUUGCAAAGUAUGCCAAAAUACAGCGUAAAAUAGAUAAACACACAGCAGAAAUUAAACGGUUAGCUACAGCACGUAAUAACAAAAUAGCUGUCAUUAAUAUAGGGGUUAAAGUUGGAAUAUAUGUUGUUCAGGCAUUAACAAUGUUGGUGAUCAUUUUAACGAACAGAAGUGAGCCAUUAUUAAUGUUCCCAGAGAGCUGGUUUUACCCAUUUCAUAAAAUUGUAUCUUUUCCAACAGGGGUUCCAGGUGGAUUAGGAGUGACCUGCUGGAUCAUUGCAUGUAGUACUGCUGUAAACAAGUUCACCAGUCUUUGGUCACUAGAAAAAUCAGAAGAAGAAAAACAGAUACCUAUGACAGAGAGACAACCACUUGACAUCCCAUUAGACUGAUAUUAAUCAUUUAACUGAACCUAGUCACUGAGGGUAUUGAAACACUGCCAAAGUAUUUGUGCGGGUCUGUGGUGAAUUGGAUGGAUGAUCAAAGUUAUGGUGUUGGCUACUGAUUUCCUGCAAAAAUUAUUUCCUUUAUUCACAAGAAUGCAGUAAAAAGAUGAAAGAAAAUAUUUUUCCUUUCAUGUACUGUAAACCACUUUUUAUUCGUGAGAAUUUUAUUUUUGUGUAAUUACGCAAGACCCACUGCUCACAAAAAUUUCAUUCUCGCUUAUGCUAGUAUUAUUAAAGAUUAUAUAGAACAAUAAUCAGAAUUGGCAAAAAUUUUGUCUUGUUUAUAAAUACAACAUUAUUAUAUCACAAAAAUAAUGUGUCACGAGUGUGUGGUGAUUUACAGUAUUUAUUUUUUUGUCCUUUCUCUAACAAUUUUUCAACAGCAAAUUUCUGAAAAAGAAAAUAAAACAUUGAACCAAAUCUACCUUGCUUGGCAGAUUGCUUUAUAGUUUCUCAUCUAAUAUUGGCUUGCAAGUUCUGCUUUUGUAUGGACACUGCAAUAUGUCGUUGGACAUUUUUUUAACUCAAAUAAAAAAUUCUAUUGAAUUUUUAAA